AUGGCCCUUUUGCGCGAGUACACGCUCGGGGACAGGCCAAUUCAAGUCGAGCUGUUGAGCGACCCGGACGAAGGCAGAGCACCUGGUUUCUCAUUCCCGGCCGUUAACUACGAAGACCCAAACCUCAAUAUUGCGAUCCCAGUCUUCUCCAUCCAUGGGAACCACGACGACCCACAAGGUGCUGGCCCGCAAGGCGCCCUGGCCGCACUUGACAUGCUUUCCAUCAGCGGUCUCAUCAACUACAUGGGCAAGGUCGACCUUCCGCUCAACGCGGCCGAGGCGCAGCAGAGCGGCAUCGCGAUCAAACCUGUCCUCCUGCGAAAGGGUAACACGCGCCUCGGCAUGUACGGCGUCGGAAACAUCAAGGACCAGCGGAUGCACUAUGAGCUCCGGAGUAACCGCGUGCGGAUGUUCAUGCCGAAGGACAAGGACGACUGGUUCAAUAUCUUGAUCCUGCACCAGAACCGGGUUGCCCACGGGCCACAACAAUCAGUACCAGAGGGUAUGUUUGAUGACACCGUUGACCUGGUCGUCUGGGGUCACGAACACGACUGCCGUAUCGUACCCGAGUCUGUGGCCGGUAAGAAGUACUACGUAUCACAGCCCGGAUCGUCUGUUGCCACCUCGCUCGCGGACGGGGAGUCGAUAGAGAAGCACGUUGCGCUGCUCAAGAUUCAAGGCAAGGAGUUCGAGCUCACGCCUAUACCACUGCGGACCGUGCGUCCGUUCGUCCUAGACGAAGUUGUCCUCAGCGAGAUCGCGGAGGAGGAGGAUAUCGACCUCGCGGACCGCAUGGCGAUUACUAAAUACCUCAAACGACGAGUCACUGAACUCAUCGAGAAGGCCAACUCGCUAUGGGACGAGCGGAACGAGCGCGCCGUCGCCGAAGGGGAGGACGAACUCCCUCGGAUGCUCCCUAUCGUCCGACUAAAGGUCGAUACCACAGGUGUUUCCGAGCUCUCGAACCCCGUACGCUUCGGACAGGAGUUCCAGGGGCAACUCGCGAACCCGCGGGACGUGCUCGUCUUCCACCGUGCUAAGGCGGCCGCGCGUCGCGGACCCAAGACGCUCGUGCGGGAGUACCUGGCGGCGCAGGAGCUCCAGCUGCUCGGCGAGGUGGGGAUGUCGGAUGCGAUCGAGACAUUCGUGGACAAGGACGAUAUACACGCUAUUCAGACACACGUGCAGACUGCGUUGAAGUCAUUGAUGAAAGGCGUGCAGGCAAACGGGAAGGAGGACCUCUCUGACGAUGGCCUCGAUGAAAUCGUCGACAAGGUGCGGGAGAAGCAGAACCAGGAGUACUUGGAGCGACGUGGUGAAGAACAACCUGCCAAGUCAAAGGGCAAAGGCAGAGCCGCGGACGACUCAGACGCUUCAGUUGACUCCAUGCUGAUGGAUGUCGAUGCGGGCGGCUCUGACUUCGAGCAGCCGUCCGAGGUUGAACAGCCAAAGAAAAAGACUAGGGCACCGGCAAAGAAGGCGGCACCUGCUAAGAAAGCACCUGCGAAGGGUCGUGGAAAGAAAGCGGCUGUGUCUGACGAUGACGAGGAUGAAAUUGAAGACGAAGAGCCGCCUCCCAAAACGACGAAGCGUACGAAUCGUGCCGCGGUCCUCAGUCAACCAUCCACGCAAAGAAAGCCCCGACUAAAAAGAGUACAGCGAAACAGUCCACCCUCGCCUUCGGCCCCUCUGGGAGAUCUUCGACACGCGCCGCAGCAACUCGAGCUACCAAGAAGAUGGCUGAUGUGGUUGAAUUGGACAGCGAUUGAGGUGUCGGCUGCGCCAUGGGAUCCCAUCCGCUGA